GAGGGUAGAAAGUUGGGAUUUGGAUUGGGAUUGGGAUUGGAGGGGAUCUGGAUUGAUGUGGGUGUAAUCUUAUUGGACACGUCGAAUUCGACAACGGAGUUGCGAUGGAGGACGCAUUCGAAUAUGGAUGAGGACGAAAUUGGGUGGCUGGAAGAGACUUACCGAGGGCCCGAAGGCAUCGAGAAUCGACGAGCGUACGUGGUCUGUAACGUGGAGCAUCCGAACGUGGACAAUUGGCUGAGGACGCCGAGGAUCGAUAGGAAUGGGGCGAAUAGGAUGCAUGUGGAGGUAUCCUUUACAAUGCGUGACUGUACAGAAUUCCCGGGUAACGCACGCUCGUGUAAGGAGACGUUUAGGCUGUACGCGGCGCAGGUGGAUGCGAGCGGCGAUGCGCCGGCGGUUUGGGACGAAUCUCAUUGGGAUUUGAUAGAUCGAAUAACGGCAGAUACGGGUCGACAUUCGCUGCAUGAGUCUUCGUCUGCCUCCGUGAAUGUGGAGACCCGAAGUUAUACCGUAACCAAGGACGGGGUAUACUUUUCGUUUCGAGACUCAGGCGCAUGUAUUUCGAUUCUGAACGUUAUGUGCAUUUGGAGUGGGAUAUGGGAUUAUGAAGGGUGGUAUGAAGAUGGAUGGAUUGAUAGAUGUGGUGAUAGAGGAGGACAUUGGAUUAAGAGUAGGGGAAGGGAAGAUGGGGCAGGUGGUGCUGGUGAUGAGGGAAGGGCGUUUAAUUGA